GAUACUAAGCAGAAUAAUGCAAUCCUGUAUAAAGGUCAUGGUGGGAGGAGUCAGUGAGAAUUCAUUCAAAGAGGAAGUGAGUUUAACAGAUUUAUAGCACAGAGUUCUCUGUAUGCUGACACACUCAGCUUGUUCUCCCUUUGGUGUAAGGAAAACAGUUUGGUCCCUUUGUACACACAAACGAUGAAGUUCCUCUCAAUCAUAGUGGUCUUUAUUUUCUCUGUAAACUUUCAAAUUGCAGCUUCAGCAGAAAACACUAACAGCAACAUUCGUGAGAGCAACAGCAGACUGUGUGACUGCGUAAUGCAAUCAGAAAUACAUCAGUUAAAGGAGCAAGUAAACAGCUUGCAGGAAGAGCUAAAGAAAAUGAAAGCUGUCCCAAGAAUAGCAUUCUCAGCUGGUCUUAGUUCAGGUGCUGCAAUAAACUUAGGACCUUUCCAGACACCCACAACAAUUGUGUUUCCCAAAGUUAUGAUCAAUUUGGGGAGUAGUUAUAACCCCAGCACAGGUAUAUUUACAGCUCUCAUCCGAGGCGUGUACUGCUUCAGCUAUACAUUAUUUCGAAGUAGUGCUGGUAAAGUGGCUGCCAGUCUUAUGAGAAAUGGUUCCCAAGUAACAUCUUCCUGGGAUUCUGACACCAAUGAUGUCAAUGACAGCUACAGUAACACAGUUAUUCUAGAACUCGACGUGGGAGACAAUGUUUAUAUGCGUCUGUUUGAAAAUAGACAAAUUUAUGACGAUCAAGCAAACUACACAUGGUUCAGUGGCUUCCUUUUGUAUCCACAGUGAAUGUUGCAUUUGAGAAGUAUGCAAGACAAGAGUUUUGAAUUGUUAUAAAGAUACAGCUAGUCCGAGUUCAAACAUUUGCAUUAUCUUCACAAUAAAUAUUAGAGGAAAGUUAUAUUUUAGAAAGGUAUAAACAGUGAGUCUUGAAUUUUUACAAUUAAAGAUCCAGCUAUUGAGAAUUCAAA